AUGAGUAUACCCAAGGGUGAUAGACUGGUGUUUGCAGCAGAUUUCAAUGUGCAAGUUGGUGAAGGGGACAGAAGGGUUGCAGAAGUGAUGGCUGGCAUACGACUAGUAAAUGGCCCAAACCCAUGUUCUGGAAGAGUGGAAGUCUAUAAUAAUGGUGAAUGGGGUGCAGUGUGUGAUGACAGCUGGGGAAUGGAUGAUGCUGAGGUUGUCUGUAGAGAAGUGGGAUGUGGUACAGCUAUUUCAGCACCACCUAAUGCUUACUAUGGACAAGGGACUUUGCCAAUAGUUCUGGAUGAUGUAGCCUGCUUAGGAUCUGAAUCUUCACUGAAACAGUGUCCCUCCAGAGGAUGGAAACAACAUAACUGUGGACAUCGUGAAGAGGCUGGAGUUCAAUGCAGAGAUGCAGAUAUAUCACAUAUGGAUGAAUUACGACUAGUAAAUGGCCCAGACUCAUGCUCUGGAAGAGUAGAAGUAUUUUAUAGAAAUGAGUGGGGUACAGUAUGUAAUACUACUUGGGACAUGAAGGAUGCUGAGGUUGUCUGUAGAUACCUGGGAUGUGGAUUUGCCAUUUCAACACCAGGACUUGCUCACUAUGGACAAGGAAAUGGAUCUAUAAUGCUGGAUGUUGUAAACUGUCAAGGUGCAUCAGCACAAGUUGUAAAAAAAUGCAAACCAGGUUUCAAGCUCUUUACUGCAGUUCAGAUUGUACAGAAAGACAUGCCCCCAAGCUGUGGGCAUGUUUCUGUGUAA